CCACACACACCUGAACAGGUAGAGACAGGUAGAGACACCUGGUAGAGACAGGUAGACCUCCGGUAGAGAUCGGUUUGAGGACGUGUAGAGGACAGGUUGACGCUCGGACAGGACGCUGUAACAGGCAGGUGAUGGUGUCAGGAUGUCUGACGGGAGGCAGCGAACUUUGUCCACCUCAGGAGAGUCUCUGUAUCAGAUCCUCGCUCUGCAGAAAGGCUGCAGCCAUGAAGACAUCAAGAAGUCCUACAGGAAGUUGGCGUUGCGGUACCACCCCGAUAAGAAUCCGGACGAUCCUGACGCGGCAGAGAAGUUUAAGGAGCUGAACGCAGCUCACGCCGUUCUGUCUGACCUGACAAAGAGGAACAUCUAUGACUCGUAUGGCUCUCUGGGACUCUACGUGGCCCAGCAGUUUGGAGAGGACAACGUCAACACCUACUUCAUGCUGUCCACCUGGUGGGCCAAGGGUCUGUUUGCGGUGUGUGGACUCCUGACUGGCUUUUACUGCUGCUGCUGUCUCUGCUGCUGCUGUAACUGCUGCUGUGGGAAACUGAAGCCACCACCCGCAGGUGAGGGGGCGGAGCCAGAGUAUGUCUCCCCUGACGACCUGGAGGAGGAGUUACGCAACGACCGGGACAAUGAUGUUGAAGCUCCGAUCGUUCAGCAGCCGACAAACGCCAGCGAGAAAACUCAGCUGAUCACCGAUGGACACCGUAGAUACGGAGACACGUACACAUGAAGCCGGCAGGAAACAGGAAACGUAUCACCGACCCACCUGACGCAGUCAUCAAACUCAAAACAACACCUGAUGAUUCCUGCAGGUGGAUCUGCAUGAACAGUGCACUGUAAAAAAAUGAGCACAAAGUAGAUUCUAUAAACUGAAUUAAAGUUUGACGUUAAAGCAACAAUCUGACUUUUAAACAAAAAUAUCCUGUUUCACUAAUCAGAACUUUGAGCUCCUUCACCUGUGUCACACCUGUGCGUCAGUAUAGAGAAGCACAUAAGGGAUACAGGUGAACCCUCGUUAAAACAUGACCUCAACAAGAUCCAAACCGUUGUUAAAACAUGAUCUCAACAAGAUCCAAACCCUCGUUAAAACAUGAUCUCAACAAGAUCCUAACCCUCGUUAAAACAUGAUCUCAACAAGAUCCAAACCCUCGUUAAAACAUGAUCUCAACAAGAUCCUAACCCUCGUUAAAACAUGACCUCAACAAGAUCCAAACCGUCGUUAAAACAUGAUCUCAACAAGAUCCUAACCCUCGUUAAAACAUGAUCUCAACAAGAUCCUGACCCUCGUUAAAACAUGACCUCAACAAGAUCCUAACCCUCGUUAAAACAUGAUCUCAACAAGAUCCUAACCCUCGUUAAAACAUGAUCUCAACAAGGUCCAAACCCUCGUUAAAACAUGACCUCAACAAGAUCCAAACCGUCGUUAAAACAUGAUCUCAACAAGAUCCUAACCCUCGUUAAAACAUGAUCUUAAUAUCA